CCCUUCUCACUCUCUCCUCGCUUCGUCCUUUCCUUUUCUCUCCUGAUUUUCCCCCUUCUCUCUCCUCGAUUUUCAUCCCCCUCUCUCUGCUUUCUGCUCUAUAAAUAAUCACAGGCGCAUGAGAUCUUUACUGGACGAAUAGCUAGCGUCUUCAACAAGGUUUUGGAACGUCAGAACAAGGGAUUCGGAUUCUAAAGUAGCUGUAGUUUCUGUAUUUGUUGCAGAUCGAGAGAAAAUCCAUGGGCAGCUGUGGAAGGGAAGGGUCAGUGAGGCAGUAUAUACGAUCGAAAGUCCCUCGUCUAAGAUGGACUCCUGAACUGCAUCGCUGCUUUGUUCAUGCCAUUGACACCCUCGGAGGUCAUCACAAGGCGACGCCUAAGCUUGUUCUUCAGAUGAUGGAUGUCAAAGGUCUCACUAUCUCACACGUGAAGAGCCAUCUUCAGAUGUACAGAAGCAUGAGAAGUAAUUUGGGCAGACAAGAUGGGAGUUCGAGCCACCAUAGAAAGCAAUCUUUUGAGGAACAUGAUGAUGGGUGUGUUGAUGAAGUGAAUGAUGCAGAUGCUGGUAGAGCUAUUAUUCAACGAUGUUCAAAAUCCAUGAGGAAAGAAUCAGACUCCCCCAGGAGCUACAGUGAUUUCUCACCUAAAAGAGCGAGAAUGGAGACGAGGAGUUGCAUAUCAGUAGCAGAGAGGCAAAGAACAUGUGAAGCAGGAACAGUGGCGAGUCCGUACAGCUUUUAUGAUUAUGUGCAGGUAACGGGUGAGCGCAAGGGAAUAAAGGAGGCUUCUUCUUCAUCUUCUGCUGCUGCGACAAUAUCAAUAUGGCAGAAUCAACCCUUCUCUCUUCUGCCACAUUUUCCUAACCUCACUUCUUUCCACCAGCAAUCUGAUUAUCCUCAGGGCAGCGGAUUAGGUGGCGGAAAUGUUGGUUCAGGGGCGAAGAAUGAAGAUGCAGAAGAAGGGUGCGAGCUUUCACUAUCCCUCUCGCUGCCAAACCAAUCCUCAAAGAGGAGCAAUAAUACAAUCACUAACAACAGUGAAAUGAGUGAGGCCAUGUCGUUCAUGUCUUGUUCUUCCUGCGGCAAAGAUACUAUUAACUUGGACUUGUCCAUAGCCCUAUGUGGCAUUUGAUUUUGUUCUUCAACUCUCUAACUAUUAAAACCGAAUGUUGUGCUUUAUUUACGCACCCGCGCUAUUCCUCCUUCACUCACUCUCUUUGCCUUUAAAACGCCUUCUAAUAAACCCGGGGACCGUCAGUGUAAAUGGCAGCCCAAUACUAGACCGGCCCAAUACUCGAUAUGGGCUCUCUUGCGUUUGUUAACAUUUAUGCUGCUCUGUGCCCCCUUCUUGCACACUAACCAGCAGAUCAUGUGAACAGUUGCCAAAAAAAAAAGAUUAUAAAAACAACAAAAAUUGUACGAUUU